GUCACGUGGCGCGCGCUCACAUGACUGGCGGUGCUAUGGACCCGCUGCCCGCGGCGGCAGUCGCGGCCGCAGCUGACGAGGAGGCAGACGAGGAGGCGGAUCCACUGGCGGCAGACUUGCCAAUACCCCAGGUCAGCGAGCGGAGGGACCCGGACCCCAGGCGAAUGCAGAUGCCGCAGGGGAACCCGCUGCUGCUGUCACACACCCUGCAGGAGCUGCUGGCCAGGGACACUGUGCAGGUGGAGCUCAUUCCUGAAAAGAAGGGCCUCUUCCUGAAGCAUGUGGAGUAUGAGGUUUCCAGCCAGCGCUUCAAGUCAUCUGUGUACAGACGCUACAACGACUUUGUGGUCUUCCACGAACUGCUGCUCCACAAGUUCCCCUACCGUAUGGUACCAGCCCUGCCGCCCAAGAGGAUGCUGGGAGCCGACAGGGAGUUCAUCGAAGCGCGGAGGAGAGCGCUGAAGCGUUUUAUUAACCUGGUGGCCCGCCACCCCCCCUUCUCCGAGGACGUGGUCCUCAAGUUGUUCCUGGCCUUCAGCGGUCCCGAUGUACAGAGCAAGUUAAAGGAAUCAGCUCAGGGUGUUGGCGAUGAAUUCAUGAACUGUAAGCUGGCUACUCGGGCCAAGGACUUCCUCCCAGCUGACAUCCAGACUCAGUUCGCAGUGAGCCGGGAGUUGAUCCGAAAUAUCUACAACAGCUUUUAUAAGCUUCGCGACCGGGCUGAGCGGAUCGCGGCGAGGGCCAUCGACAAUGCCGCUGACCUUCUCAUAUUCGGGAAGGAGUUAAGUGCUUUAGGGUCUGACACGACACCGCUCCCCUCCUGGGCCACUCUGCACAGCAGCACGUGGGGGUCCCUGAAACACGCACUGAAAGGCCUGUCUGUUGAAUUUGCACUGCUCGCUGACAAGGCUGCACAGCAGGGCAAACAGGAAGAGAACGAUGUGGUGGAGAAGUUGAACCUCUUCUUGGAUUUGCUGCAGUCCUACAGAGACCUGUGUGAGCGGCACGAGAAGGGCGUGUUGCACAAGCAGCAGCGGGCCCUGCACAAGUACACCUUAAUGAAGAGGCAGAUGAGCACCGCCCUGCAUGGCCGUGAGCCCGAGUCCGUGGAGCAGCUGGAGUCACGCAUCGUGGAGCAGGAGAACGCGAUCCAGACGAUGGAGCUCCGGAACUACUUCUCCCUGUACUGCCUGCACCAGGAGAUGCAGCUGGUGCACACGUACCUGCCCCUCACCUCCCACAUCCUGGGCGCCUUCGUCAACUCCCAGAUCCAAGGGCACAAGGAGAUGAGCAAGGUCUGGGACGACCUGAAGCCCAAGCUCCACUGCCUCUUCGCUGGACCCAACAGCACCCUGACUCCGCCAAGGUCCCCAAGGGAUGGCCUGUCUCCUCACUAGUGCCGAGAGGACCCCGGGGCGAGAGCUCCCGGUGCCCUCACUAAAACUUAUUUCCAAAUGGUGUGUCCCUGUUUAAUUCCCUUUGGGUGGCGGCUGUCCCCCCACACCCCUUGGGCUGCCGCCCCUCAAGCACAAGAGCUGAUGUCAGGCCCUGGGGCCAGGUGCCAUGGCUCCCCUCCCCGUGUGGGGUGCAGGGCCGAGGGCAUGACCCCAGGCCUCUGAGUGUCCCUGCAGGGUCUGCUGUGGUUGUCCCCGACCCUGGACCUUUUUAGUCUGCUGGUGAGAAGUGUUAAGGUGCCCUGGUUUUCUCCCCAUACCCAGAGGGCAGGGUGGCAAGGAUGAUUUUCCCAGCAGAUGGUGUUGGGGGCAUGUGCUGGGAUGGCGGGAGGGGUCUGGAUUAGCUGAGCCGGGAGAGGGCUGCUGAAACCCUAUGGACACCAUAGGCAAGACAGGUAACUGGUCAGUGAGGCCAGCAGAUGGCCCUGGGUGGAGGUGCGUGGGUGGCAGCAGGAGCCAGAAAGAAGGUGGGACCUGGGGCUCUCUGGGUGCACAAAUCGUGAAUUUCCAGGGGAUGAGCUCCACUGAGUGCCCUGGGACUGGCUUCUAGGGCACUGUCCCAUGACCCUCCCUGCACGUGCGCACACAGGCACAGGCACACUGUGCCCCUGAGGUGUGGGAGACAAGGUGACCUGGUGCUUCUGCCGCCGGUCCAAGUGCCAGGAGCUGCUCUGUCCUUGUUGGGUAGCUGCCCUUCCUUGACGUUGGACAGUUAGAGCAGGGGAGGGAGCGCGCCUCCCAC